UCAGGCGGGCAUCCCCCUGCCGCAGGGCCGGCGGGGAGGCCGGGGCGUGCCAGGGGAGGGGCGCCCGCGCUAGGCUUGGAGCGCGCGCCGCAGACGUGAGGGGGCGCUGCAGGACGGGGGCACUUCGCGGGCAAGAGCGCGGAGGCGGGAAACCUAGUCGGCUGGGGCUGGGGCGGGCGCAGCCGGGGCAGGUCAGAGAAGGGGGUGCUGGACUCAGGGUGAGGCGCGGGCAAUGGCGCAGAGAACGGGAGAGGGUGCUCGGAGCAAAGUGCAUGGCGUGGGCAAAAGCGUGGUGGCGAGGACGCCUGGGUGCAGCGUCUCAAGGUGGGCCUUUGUUCCGAGGCGCCCAGAGGCUCUGCUGCACCUGCACUAUAGUUGGAGCCUGCUGGGGAGCACGGCGGGGGUGGAUCGGAAAAGGAAGGGUUCAGUCCCUACGGAUUGAGGCGCAGGUUUCUGCCCCCGUUGCCCGGGCACGGAUUUGAAGUCCUUUAGGUGCUGGGUGAAAAAAGACGGUGAAGGGUGCUUGUGGCAGAGGUAACGGUACGUGCGGAGUUGGCCUGUUUAAGGAAUUGCCUGGAGAGCUCUGAGCUAAGGAGGGUCCCGAACUGUUAGAUCUGAACAGGCUCCCUCUGGCUGUCGCGUCGGGAAUAGACCGGGAGGUGGGGGGACGCGAGGAGGUUACUGGGGCAGUGGAGGUGUGCAAAGUGGUCUGAGGCGUCAGAUAUGGAUCAUGAAUGGCCCCAGCAAAGGAAAGGAUGUUUGGGCUUAAGGCGCCCGAGGGGGUGAGUCUGAGACCGAAGUAGACCCCGAGGAGUUAAGAGAGGCCUCACCUGAGCCAGGCUGGCGCAGAGUGGGUGAGUCUCAGGGUGUGUCUUUUGUCCUGACUGAUGCUUCUCCCCUAGACUGGAGGUGUGUGUGGCCUGGGUGUGGGGUGAGCCAGGUAUCUAAGACAGAGGGGAAGCUGAGGCCAAGCAAGCAUGUUGCCUGUUUGUUGGUGAAGUAGCUGAGCUUCUCAGAUUCCCAUUGUUCCCAGGGGGGUGGUACCCCUUUCCCUUUCCAGUGCCUGAGGCUGGGCAGUGCUGGGAUUUCGAGGCCGCAGUUUAACAAGAAGUGUCCAUAUUGCUCAGCCAUGCUGAUCUUGAGGCCUCUGCCGCUCGACCUGCACCCAACCAAUCACACACCCCUGCACAGUCCACAAGCCCCCUCUCUAUGCCUCACCCACACCCUGCGCCCCACAGGCCCAAUCAAGAUUCCAGGAAGCAUCAGGCUGCAGGAGGCGUCUCCCGCUAGCUGUGCUGGAGCGGGCCAGAGACCAUGUAUUUUCCUCCCGCAGGGCACCUGCUAGGCUAAUGCCCAAUCUAGUCUCAACUCUGUGUGACUAUGCACACCCCGAAUCGCUUAGCCCCAGAGGCGGUUCAUGCCAGCCACACCCCUGCGAAGACUUCCAUAUACACUAGUUAAUGUAGCCAGGUUCCGAGGCAGCAGACCUCGGUCUGCACAGGGCCUUGGAUGUUCCAAGGUUGGGGGCUGUAUCAAGGGGAGAUCAAAAAGAAGCCACUCGUGGUGGGAGUCGCAGCCAGCAGGGUGGGGAGUGGGUGAGACGUGGAAGCCUGUUCUAGAUAGGGGUCCCCGCCCUCUCCUCCACAGGGUGUCGUGUCAGAGGAGGAUGUGGGGAAGGCUAUGGAUACCAGAGUUCCGGGAAGGGUGGGUGGGGCAAAAUAGGGGAAGCGAGCCCUGGAACUCCCCACGCUGGCAGUAAGCAAGACCGGAGGGCAGCAAACCUUUGGUAUCCCCAGCCCUCUCACAGCGGUGUGCUGUGGACUUCAGAGAUGGCGGCAGCGGAGGCGGUGCACCACAUUCACCUGCAGAACUUCUCCCGAUCCCUGCUUGAGACCCUCAACGGGCAGCGGCUGGGUGGGCACUUCUGUGACGUGACUGUGCGCAUCCGCGAGGCUUCACUGCGUGCACACCGCUGCGUGUUGGCCGCCGGCUCGCCCUUCUUCCAGGACAAAUUGCUGCUCGGCCACUCUGAGAUCCGCGUGCCGCCUGUGGUGCCCGCGCAGACGGUGCGCCAGCUCGUCGAGUUCCUCUACAGCGGCUCGCUCGUGGUGGCGCAGGGUGAAGCGCUGCAGGUGCUCACGGCCGCGUCGGUGCUGCGCAUCCAGACGGUCAUAGACGAAUGCACGCAAAUCAUAGCCCGCGCCCGCGCCCCUGCCCCGGGCCCCCCAGCGCCCGCGCCCCUGCCCACGCCCGUGCCCCCGCCGCUCGCGCCCGCGCAGCUGCGCCACCGCCUGCGCCACUUGCUGGCCGCGCGCCCCCCGGGCCACCCCGGUGCCGCGCACACACGCAAGCAGCGCCAGCCCGCGCGCCUGCAGCUGCCCGCGCCCCCCGCGCCUGCCAAGGCGGAGGGAUCGGAUGCCGACCCCGCCCUGACCGCUGCGCCAGACGACGGCGCGGACGACGACGACGACGAGACCGAUGAGGAGACCGACGGCGAGGAUGGCGAAGGCGGCGGCCCGGGUGAGGGCCAGGCGCCCCCUUCUUUCCCCGACUGCGCCGCCGGCUUCCUACCCGCGGCCGCGGACGGCGCGCGCGAGGAGCCGCCUGCGCCCGCCGGCCUCUCCGAUUACGGUGGCGCCGGGCGGGACUUCCUCCGGGGAACUUCGGCUGCCGAGGACGUGUUCCCCGACAGCUACGUCUCCGCUUGGCAAGACGGAGAUCAAACCGCCCCUGAAGGCUGUCCCGCCGAGACCCCUGCCCCGCCCGACUGUGUCCUAUCCGGACCCCGCCCACCUGGCGUGAAGACCCCCGGGCCGCCCGUCGCGCUUUUCCCCUUUCAUCUGGGCGCUCCCGGGCCGCCAGCGCAACCCCCUCCCGCGCCCUCGGGGCCGGCCCCUGCGCCCCCACCCGCCUUCUACCCAGCGCUCCAGCCGGACGCAGCUCCCAGCGCGCCUCUAGGGGAGGCCCCGGCCCCACCGGCCGCUCCCAGCGCAGCCCCGUCGACCACCCCUGCGCGCGCCCCGGGUGCCGAGCCGCCCGCCUAUGAGUGCAGUCACUGCCACAAGACGUUCAGCUCCCGGAAGAACUACACCAAGCACAUGUUCAUCCACUCGGGGGAGAAGCCCCACCAGUGCGCCGUGUGCUGGCGAUCCUUCUCGCUGCGCGACUACCUGCUCAAGCACAUGGUCACGCACACGGGCGUGCGCGCCUUCCAGUGCGCCGUCUGCGCCAAGCGCUUCACGCAGAAGAGCUCGCUCAACGUGCACAUGCGCACCCAUCGGCCGGAGCGCGCGCCGUGCCCCGCCUGCGGCAAGGUCUUCUCGCACCGCGCGCUGCUGGAGCGCCACCUGGCCGCGCACCCUGCGCCCUGAUCCGGGCAUGGGGCCUGGCCACGCCCACCGAGGGAUCGGUCAAGCCCCACCCGCUGUCACGCCUGCCGCGGCCACUUGACCACGUUCCCGCCACCAGCCCACGCUUUCUCCUGAGAUCAGGCCCUUCUCCUGCUUCCACCCUUCUCUCCAGCCCAGCCCGCCUUUUUCCUCUCCUCCUACGUACUCAGCCCUCCGGGUGGGGGCUGGCUGGGGAUGGUCAGGGACCCGACCACCUCUGAGAACUGGAUCAUCUCCAACCUGAACUAGGGCUCAACCACGGUGCGGGGCCCAGGAUUCAUGGCUCCGACUCUGGUUCACGCCCCUCCCCUCCCAUGAGUGGGGUGGGGUCUGCUCCCCUGCCCCUGUGUCAGGCCGGGAAAUGUCCCCAGCUCCCCGACCCGAGCUAAUCCUCCCUCAUCUGGCGCCUGGGGCGUCUCAGGUGGGCCCAUCAUGGACUGAGGCGUGGUCUUGGGACCCCUGCUCUGUAAUAAAGGACUGUGGGCCGUGGGGCCGAAAGCUG